AUGGCCGGGUUCUUUGUCGCCCGCUUCUUCCUCGGUGUCACUGAGAGCGGUCUCUUUCCCGGAGUGGUGUACUACUUUUCAAUGUGGUAUAAGCGUCGCGAGAGACAGUUCCGCAUCUCCCUCUUCUUCAGCGCUGCCUCUCUUGCCGGUGCUUUCGGCGGUAUCCUGGCAUGGGGAAUUGGACACAUGAGAGUUGUAUGGAACAAUGGCUGGAGAUGGAUCUUUAUCUUGGAGGGUAUCGCAACCGUGGUCAUUGCUGUCGGCGCCUACUGGUUCAUUCAGAACUACCCCGACACAGCCAAGUUCGUUUCCGAACAAGAGCGCCGCUUUAUCAGGGCCAGAUUGGCUUCCGACAGCGAUGCCACUCAUAACGAGAAGUUCUCGUGGAGCAAUGUGAUGGACGCUAUCAAGGACCCAAAGUGCUGGUUGUACGGUCUUGGUUUCCACACCAUGAGCUUGCCGCUGUACACAUUCUCUUUGUUCAUUCCUACGAUCAUUAAGAACCUUGGAUACACCGCGGCCGUUGCCCAACUGCUCACUAUCCCCCCCUACGCGGUCGCCUUUGUCACAACAUUGACGGUUGCGAUCUACUCCGAACGCACCGGCCGCCGUGCCUUCUUCAUCAUGGGAUCAUCUGCGGUCGCAGCGAUUGGUUACAUCAUUCUUUUAGCCAACUCAGACCCCGUAGGGAAGCCUGGCGUCUCCUACCUUGGAACCUUCUUCGCAGCUGCGGGAAUCUACCCUGCCACCGCUCUCGUCCUCUCGUGGCCGGCAAUCAACGUCUCCGGGCAGACCAAGCGUGCUGUAGGCAACGCAAUGCAGAUCACCAUUGGAAAUUUAGGAGCCGUGUUGGGAACACAGUUGUAUCGUGCCAAUGAUGGUCCGAGGUACAUUGUCGGCCACUCUUUUGCUUUGGGAUAUCUUUUGGCAAAUAUCAUCGUCUGUGGUAUCUUGUACCUUGUGUUGAAGGGCGAGAAUAAGAGACGUGAGGCUAUUGCACCCGAAGUUCAAGCAAUUGGGGACUUGGAGGACUGGCCCGGUGACAAGGACCCUAGAUGGAGAUUCCAAUACUAG